AUGAACUUGACCUUCAACCACAACCAUCGCACAAAACAGCCCGCCAUGAGACAGUUCCCUCGUCCCGACGCUUCUCCUACAGGGACCACCUCAUCACUCCCGGAGAGUGUGGAGAGUGUAACUUACACUGACAAAGACAACGUGCCACACGAUAACGAGUUGACCGCAAUCCAGCUGCCGUCACAAAAGCGCCAGAAGACCAAGGACGGAGGUGGCAAGGUGUCCUCGGUAUCGAACCUGCACGCGCCUGUCAGCGCUCUACUAGACCUACCUCUCGACGUGCUCCUAGAGAUCCUCACCCACGUCGACCCCAUGUCCCUCCGCCACGUAUCCCGCACGUCACAUGCCCUGCGAGACACGCUCACGGGCCCUCAAUCCAACUGGAUCUGGCGGGCGAGCUACGCAAACACGGACCACGGACUACCGCCGGCGCCGGACGAUGUAUCCGUGCCACAAUUCCUCAGUCUCCUCGUCGACGAGGUCUGUGAUGUUUGUCACGCAUCCCCGGAUCCGAAGGACCCAUUCGACCGAAUCGAAAGAAUAUGGGCAGCGCGUACCAAAUACUGCCGCAACUGCUGGUACUACAGUGAUGAGCUGGUUCGCGAGGAGAAUAUGACCUGUUUUCCGAUGGUUCGUGAGAUGCAGGGCUAUGUUGGCCCUCAGUACCCCCUGUACAAGAUAUUCCCAGCCUCAGAGCCAUAUUGUGAUCGGUGCACGUAUCGGCGGUAUCCGCGUGUUCUUGCUCAGCGCGUUGCCAACGAGUUCUCGUACGAUACAGAAGGAAAGUCCAAGGAAGAUAAGAAGGCAUGGAUAGUACGACAAGCCGAGAAAUAUGAGAACGUGAUAAAGCAUGCUGAACUAUGUCACAAAUGGGAAAAGCAGGAGAUGCGGAACAGGCAGGAGAGAAAGGAAGAAGUGCGAAAAGGAAGGCUUGAGGCGAUUAAGCAGAGGCUAUGGGACCUCGAGAUCGACGUCGAUGAUGCUCAGGUCUUCAAGGAGGAAUUCAAAGGGCUCCUCACUACAGCACCAUUGACGCAGUACGACGAGGAGAGGACACCCAAGUACUUCCCAAGGCCAGUUCAUAGCACGCCUAUCGCGAUUUACAACCUUGUGGGGGAAGCGCGGUCGCUCACAGAGGAAGACUGGUCGACCAUCCAGGACUGGCUUCUCCAAGCCGCCAAAGCGGAGAAGAGACGCCAGAUCCUUGAAGGGCGAUACUCUGCGUUCAAGCGAGCCUAUCGCCAGUUCCUGGAUCUCAAGUCGUACCGUAAGAAGUGCCUGUAUCCCAGCAUAUGCACUCUGGCCAAUUGGGAUGAUGUCGUCGACUUGAUCGAGGGCACGCCGCUCGAGCAGGAUCUUUCUUCGGAAGACAUGCGCGCGUUCAUCAACAAGCUCGCGGAGGGGCGCUUUUCCAGAUGGCGAGCGGCAUUCGAGGCAGAGCUGGUCGCGAAGCUCAAUGCCGCGGACACGGAGCGGGAACACCCAGCCACCAGGGCGGACCUCAAGCUUGCGACGUCAGUAUUCUCUCACAAAUCAGGCUCGGAAUCCUAUGGUCUUUUGUGGUACCCGGAUUUGCUGGGUUGGUACCCGCGACCUUGGGGCCUCCCUCAUCCGGUGGACUCGUACUAUGCCGUGCGAAAGUGCCCGCCGUGGUCGGCUCAUGAGGUCCAGGUCGAGGGCUGGCGGAGGAGCUUGGCCGCCCGUAUGGUGUCGAUGGCGAGGCUGGAUCCAGCGACGGCGACAUUCACGAAAAUGAAUUAUCAACUUGUCUGGUUUGCGCGGACGGACGAGGUGGCGAUGCUUCAUCACGGGAAGAGGGCGUUCUUGCAGCCUUGGCAUCGUGCGAUGAUUGGAGCAAGGGAGGGCGAUGACCUUACAUACCAGCCUGUUAAUAUGUUCUGCUACCACUGGCUCCAACCUCGCAGGCUUGACCACGAACUCCCUAUGCGUGACGCGAGCACUUUUGCGAGGGUCAUGGCGCGCUCUGGUGGAGACGGGAACGCCCACUCGUUGCACGGGAACACCCACUCGGUGCAUGCUAUAUCUGCCGCGGCCAUCAGCGACGAACGAGAACAGCGUCGACGCAGGGUCUCCCGCACCUCGUUCUUCCCACCUUCGCAAGCGAAAAACGCUCCUCUCCUCGCCUUCUCGAAUGCGGAGAACGCUCUGCUAUCGCCCAGAGCUCCGCUAUUUGCCUGCGAGACCAAAAUUGGUUUUUCCAUGCUGAGUGCCAUCUAA